GGAGCGGCUCCAGAGGGACCUGCCCCUAGUGGGAAGAGGCACCGAGAAACAAACACAGGAGCAUCCAUUCAGCUGAUCGCAUUAGGUCUUCCCGCUGCUGCCGCCGCCACUUCAGCAUCUGCCUAUGCAGCCAUUCGUGCCCUCAGACGAGCAGACGGGCAGAUCGAGUCUGCGGGUAGGUCUGGAAACGCCUGUAGCUGCGUAAGGCUGCAGAGCUCUCCGCGCAGCAGCGCACAGCAGAGCUGCCUCCCGAGCAGGGCAGCGUUACGAAACACGGGUCCCGGCUGCGGCCGAGGAUCCCGGCGGAGCAGCGCCGGGGCCGCUCCCGUGCCGGCCGCUGAGGCCAUGGAGCGAUCCCGCCCCGCCCGCGCCCGCCCGGCGCAGGAGCCCGGCGCCCCGGCCCGCUGAGCCGCGCGGAGCCGCGCGGAGCCGGCAGCAGCCGCGGGAGCCAGCGCAGACCCCGCAACAGCUCCGAGGGGCUCGGGAGGAUUACGGCUCUGGAGGCGGGAGGAGGAUUAAUGGGGACGGGCAGAGGGAGCAGGAUGCAUCAGCUUUUCAGAUGUGCAUGACGGCUUUUUGUAAUAUCGCGCUGAAUUGCCUAGGACUUUGCCUGGCUACAACAGGAGUCCCUCGACCAUAAGAGAAAGCUUUUGGCACUGGCUGCUGGGCAGACACUAUGACGGCAGCCCAGGGGGUGCACGUGCAGCCCCUGGGGCAGGUGGGUGUGUGAGCCACACCAGGCUGUUCCCUCUGCACAGCCCUCUGGGGAGAAGGCUUGUCCUCAGGAGAAGGCACUGAAGUGAUGGGCUGAACAUAUGAGCAGAACCAGCAGCUGGCCAGGCGGAGAUUCAGGGGCCUGUUGGGAGGCGUGAAGGGCCCGCUUCAGGAAGGGCAUGGCCAAAGCUUUCUUCAGGCUACAGAAGUUUCUCCGUCGGACACAAUUUCUACUCUUCUUCCUCACAGCAGCUUACCUGAUGGCUGGCAGCCUCCUGCUGCUGCAGCGGACCCGCCUGGUUAUGCAGCAAGGUUCCCGUGGGACCUCUGCCAACCAGGCCCUGCCAGUGCCAGACGGGAUGGCUGGGGUUGGGAUCAUAGAUCCCAGGACGCCGCAAAACCCCCGCCCCGGCCCCCGGCUGCUGGUGGGCAUGGACACGAUGCAGGAGCCAGGCCUGGACCAGUGGCACAGCCCUCAGUGGCUUGUGUCCCGCAACUCGGAGCUCCGACAGUUGAGAAGAAGGUGGUUUCAUGGGUUCAUCAGCGAGCAGGAGUCCAUGCAGACAGCAGGAUUUAAAGCAAUGAGGCACACUGCAGAACACAAAGGCAGCUACAUGGGAUGCUUCAGUGACGAUUCGAGGGAGAGGACACUGAAGGGAGCUGUGUUUUAUGACUUAAGAAAAAUGACAGUAUCUCACUGUCAGGAAGCUUGUGCUGAGAGGGCUUACACCUACGCGGGCCUGGCGUACGGAGCAGAGUGCUACUGCGGGAACAGGCUGCCAGCCACCGCCGCCAAGCCCGAGGAGUGUAACAGCGAGUGCAAGGGGGAGAAGGGCUCGGUGUGCGGAGGGGUGAACCGGCUCUCUGUCUACCGAGCAGAGGAGCCACGGGCUGGAGCCAGAGCACGGAGGAAUGUUAUCUACCGAGGAUGCUUUAGAGCUCCAGAAAAUAUAACAGACAUCUUUCCAGCCUCUUUGAUACAGCCCAAUUUGACGGUGGAGAUGUGCUCUGAAUUUUGCUCCAAGAAAGAGUUCCCCCUGGCAGUCAUCCGCGGGCGGCAGUGCCACUGUGGAUACCCCACCGGGCGCUUCACGCUGCACGACGGCACCAACCGGCUGCUCUGCAGCCAGAACGCCAGCAGCGAGGCCGAGGGGAAGUACUGCCUGGUCUAUCAGACACCGGUGCAAGACACCCGCUGCACAGACAGGAAAUUCUUAACCACAAAAUCCAAAGUGUUUGUUGCUUUGUCAAGCUUUCCUGGGGCUGGGAAUACAUGGGCUCGCCAUUUGAUAGAGCAUGCCACAGGAUACUACACAGGAAGCUAUUACUUUGAUGGAGCCCUCUACAACAAAGGUUUUAAAGGAGAAAAAGACCACUGGAGAAGCAGAAGGACCAUCUGUGUGAAAACACAUGAAAGCGGCAAGACGGAGAUUGAGAUGUUCGACUCGGCGAUCCUGCUGAUAAGGAACCCGUACAAGUCGCUGGUGGCAGAGUUCAACAGGAGAUACGCAGGACACCUGGGCCACGCCACCGCGCGCACCUGGCGGAGCAAAGAGUGGCCCGAUUUCGUGAACAGCUACGCCUCGUGGUGGGCCUCCCAUGUCCUGGACUGGCUCAAGUAUGGGAAGCGCCUGCUCAUCAUCCACUACGAGGACCUGAAGCAGAGCCUGAUCCCCAAGCUGAAGGAAAUGGUGGAGUUCCUGAAUAUGACAGUGUCCGAAGACCGACUGCUCUGUGUCGAGAACAACAGGGAUGGGAAUUUCAAGCGGUCUGGUGCUAAGCAAAAGGAUUUUGAACCAUUCACCCAGGAGAUGAAAGAUCUUAUCAACAGAUACAUCCUGACAGUGGAUGAAGCCCUAAGGGGAAGAAAUUUCACAGGACUGCCCAGAGAGUAUGUGCCAAGAUGAUAGCCUGAUAGCACUCAGCUGUGUUUAAAAAUAAAAUAUUUUUUAUCUAAAUAAAUUAAUAAAUAAAACCCGGGCCUUUACAGCAGUUAAAGCAAAGAUACUUAUGGAGUCUGCUGGGCAAUGCACUUUUGGGUGUUCCUCAGGGCACUAAGUGCUCCAGAAGACAAGCAACAAAGGAUGGAAACUGGGUUAUAAAUCAAGGCAAAAAGCUGUUAGUGUCUACCUGCCUGUGCCCCUCCCUGCACAACUGGCACAGAAGGCCCUGGGGAACUCCCCUGCUCCCUCCAUGGGCAUUCUGCCACCACAGGCCUGCCAGGGGCUGCUCAGGCUUCUACAGCAACUGUGUUGGAAACAGAUGUACAUAAAGGGGAAGGAAAAAACAAGUCUGAAUGGUGACCAACAUUUUCAUUCCAGCAUUUAGGAAAAAUAUGUGGCUUUCUUUUUAGCGCAGCCCAUUAGCUUCCUUCUCCUGGGUUUGCUGGUCAGGCCACCUACCACAGCAGUGGCAAGGGUGCAGGGGGAAAAAAGCAUCAGUGGGCAAGGAUGCCCCAGAUGCUGGGCAGAGAGAUUCUUCAGGACUGAGCCCAGGCUUCCCAGCAAGAACAGCAUGGCCAAGGGCCACAUGAGCUCCAUGGGAAGGGGGUGGCUGCAGCACCCUGUGGUGAGGCACACAGCUGGGGACCCACAGGGGAAGGCAAAAUUUCAGCAUGGCAGGGGCAGAAAUCUCUGAGUGUCACCAGUCCCAAACACACCCAAGACCUGGCCCCAGGGGCAUGGAGGAGACCCCAGGGGGCUAGGAGAGGAGGGGCAGCCACCCAUUCCCGGGGCUUGGCACAAGUUUCUGUGUCCCCAUCCCUGUGCCCGGAGAGUCACAGUGGGUCAAGAGAGACACUAGGGCUAUAAGCCACCAUGCCCAGGGCACCUGGUGCUUGCACUGAAGUGAGCUCUGACCACCUGGGAGAGGGGCAGAAGGGGAUGAGCCCCAGCCCUGCCAGCCCCAGCAUGGGCAGGAUCCCGCUUCCCCUCCCCGGAGGAAAACCACAACAGUCCAGCCUUAAGCUACUUGUUGCUGCUUGCCACCCUCAGCAAUGCCACUUGAAACUGCAGUUCCCUGUGGCUUGUUUCAUCCUGUGCUGCAGUGUGGAGGAAGCACGGGACAGGAUGCGGGAUGCUGGGCCCAGCAGGAUGGGGGGGUCAACCAGCCUCGUGGUCCUCAAGAGCCACAGAGAUAGUGAAACUGCACAAUCCUGGACCUUCCCUGCUGAGAGAUACUUUUGUUCAUGUAAAAUAAAGGAUUUCUUAAAAACUUGAGUGAAAAUACUAGUUUUAAUAAAAUACAACAUUCAUAUGAA